AUGGCGAGCGACUCACUGAUCUCGGAGUCGCUGGAACCACUGCAAGAACUCAAUGGACCGUCUCUCUUCCCCCGUACAAUUAGGGCUUCAACUGACGGUCCAAUUCCAUCCGACUCCAAAGACCUAAAUUCAAUUCAUCAUUUUAUGAAAUCUUUGAAAGAGUUAAGGAGUCCUGAAAAGCUUAGGAAUGAGGCAAAGAGAAUUAUGAAUGGAGCAGCGCUUCUUGGUUCGAAUUUCACAAACAUCGCUGAAACUGUGAGCAUCAGUGAUGCUGUUGCUGCAAAGGACAAAGGCAAGCCUCAAGAACGAAGGCCAGGGCUGGCCCUUGGUCGUAAGCGGGCUCGGUUUUCAUUGAAGCCUAAUGUGAGUCAGCCUUUAGUGACUUUGGAACCAACUGUGAAUGUUGAUCAGCUGGAAGACCCAGACAAAUUUUUUGAUGCUUAUGAGAGGCUUGAAAAUGCCCAGAAGGAAAUACGGAAACAGCUUGGUGACCGCACAAACAAUUUGAAUGCAUUCAAAUCUUCAGCUAAUGCACGUCGUCGUCGACCUGGAAUUUUGGGGAAGUCAUAUAUUUAUAAGCACCGUUACUCCGCAGUGCCAUCUGAAAAUGAUGACUCACUAACGUCCUCCCAAGAAAUAGUGGAGGAGGAUGCAGUGCCUUCUAAAAAUGAUACAUUAACGUCCUCCCAAGAAAUAGUGGAGCAGGAUGUUCUGAAUGCUCCUAUACAUGAUUCUCAGCAAAACAUAAUAGACUCCAAUCCCAGUCCCAAUGUUUAUUUACAGGAAGUGGAAUUGCCUGACUCAACGACAGAGAUGGGGAAUACUGUCAACCAUAUUUUGGAUGAGUUGCUAUCAUGUAAUAAUGAAGAUUUAGAUGGGGAUGGAGCUUUGAAUAUCUUGCAGGAACGAUUGCACAUCAAACCUCUUGAUCUUGAAAAAUUGUGCAUGCCUGAUCCUCAUCACGUUGGAAGGAUUGAUGUUAUGGCCCUGGAAAAAAAAUUGCUGAAGCUCUGGAAUAAUUCACCGGUAAUUGAUACUUCGCUGAAAAACGUACUUGGAGAACUACCAAGUGAACAUGAACAAGUGGCAAACAAUCCAAUCAACAAUGGAGCCUCAAAAACCCCUCCAAGAAAUCCUGUUGCUUCUCUAUCUUUGUUGAAGAAACGAAUUUUGCAAUCUAGUCCCCUGAGAGAUCCUCAUUCUCCACUUAAAGUUAAUGUGUCAGCACCUCCAAGUGUUUCUCCUGUUCAACCAAUCAACAAGCUUCAUGAUCAGGUUGAACUGAAGAAUGUGAACGUGUCUAGCAAGUUGAAGUCAUGCAUAGAUGUUGAAAUUAGAGAACCUACCAUUUCUAAUAUGGAUUCACAAAAGGUGAUAAAUGGAAGUUCAGGCAUUUUGCUGGAUCCGUUUGUGGACGAGACUGCAUGCAGACAAAAUGCAGAUGGAUCAAGUCGACCAAACGAAUUACCAGAUUGCAAUGCUCAAGAAGAAACUGUUGUUGGAAACUUAGAAGUGCCACGAAAUCCAACCAACCAUGAAGCCUCACCAACCCCUCCCAGAAAUUUAGUCGCUUCUCUAUUAUCACUGAAGAAGCGAAAUUUGCAAUUUAAUUCUCCUAGAGAUCCACUUUCUCCUCUUAAGAUUAAUAGGUCGGCACCUACAAGUGUUUCUCCUGCUCAACACAUCGACAAGCUCCACGAUCAGAUUGAAAUGAAGGAUUCAGGGAUGUCUAGCAAGUCGAAGUCAAGCAUAGAUAUUGAAAUUAGGGAACCUGCACUUUAUAAUGUGGAUUCACAGAAGGUGAUAAAUGAAAGUUCAGGCCGUUUGACGGAUCAGUUAGUGGAUGAGAAUUCUAGCGGAGAAAAUGGAAAUGGUGAUAGUCAACCAAAUGAAGUACCAGAUUGCUGUGUUGAAGAAGCAACAGUUGUUGGAAACCUAAACAGCAAUGAUGUCAUGGAUAUUCCAUCCACGAUGCAGCAGUUCGAUAUUGAACAACAGCCUGAGACACAUCACAUCAGGAAACGGAAAUCAAAUAGAGAAGCAAGUGAAAACCGCCUCAGAAAAGCUCAUCCACUGAGAAAAAGUCUUGCAGAGUCUGGUACAUCAUUUGAAACUGGAGUAAGAAGAAGCAAAAGAAUUAGAAUGAGACCUCUGGAAUACUGGAAAGGCGAGAGGUUCUUAUAUGGACGUGUAAAUGAGAGUGAGUAUUCUGACUUUUCAACAGACAACAUAGAUGACAGACUAUGA